ACAUCACAAAAAAAGCAGACCACAUUUCUCUCUCUCUCUCUUUCUCACUCCUCUUUCUCUCUUAUUUUGGUGUCCUUUUCCUUCCCUCUUUCUUUCUUCUUUCUUGUUGUGGUGUCCUCUAGCUCAGCCCUCUAAUUUCUGCGUCCAAGUCACUCACCGAUGAUCAUCGCCAUCGCCGCUGCCCUGCCCUGAUUUCAUCGGUCAGCUACUGCUCCGCUCCCUCCCUCUUUUUCUUCUUUUCUUUGCCCUUUCUUCACAUUUCCGUUUCCAUUCCAAUUUCCAUAUUUCUUUUCAAAGCUUGCGUUCAAGCGAUUCGCGGAUUUCGUGGUUUUUUAAUUUUUUAUUCGUCUGCUUGGCGUCGAGGGUGGAUCGGGGUGGGGGUUGCUGCCCUGGAUCCGUCGAUUCCCUUGUUUGAUUUGUUUGCUGGAAUUUGUACGGGAUUUUUUCUUCCCUUUUUAGGAUUUUUCUUUCUUUGCCCUAGGGAUUUCGGUUCUGAUUUGGAUUGAUUUUAUCCUGUUACUCUAGCUGUUAUAGCAAUUUUGUCCCUUGAUUGUUUUGCCGUUUUCGGAUUUUUUGUUUGGUUCCUUUUUAUAAUUUUAUUAUCGUUUUUGUGUGGUAAAUAUAUGCUGAUGAUGUUUGUUGUUAGAAUGCCUCUUGAAAUGGCUGUUUUGUGCUGAGUUCUUGUGUACGAUUAAUCUCGUGAAGGAUAAAAUUAUGGAAGUUUGGCUCUUUGGAGGGCUAAUUUUUCUGCUAAAACAAGGGGCAAUCUGAAUUACAAGAGCCUGGGAAUGGGAGAUUUGUUAGUUUGAGGUGUUGGAGCAAAUAGAUGAAUUAUUAUAUAACUAUCUAGUGCUUGAUGAAUUCUUUUCGGUAAAUAUAUUUAAUCGAAAAAACUAUGAGUUAACAAAUGUAGUUUUGGUUUUCAUAGCGAUUCACAUAUUUGAAGCAAUGAGUUUAUGGAUGCUUAAGCAAUAUUAUUAAUUUAUUGUCGAGAUAUUGAAUUUGAAUGCAAAAGUUAGCCACCAACAAUGGGUAGGAUCAUUGCAAGAUGCAAGGAUCUCUAUGUAUCCUGAAAUCUGGGGGAGAAAUUUGGUAAAAUGUGAGAUUGCUUAAGUGGGCAUGUGAACUAGAGUUUGUUGGCCAUGUUGGUGAUCAUUUUUGUUUUGUGUGUUUCUUCCAAAGGGCAUAUUCAAUUGUCCCUUUUUGCAGGCGGCCAAUAUGGUGGAAUGUUUAGUGUUACCGUGGGCCGUUUGCUCGCUUGUUAUUUAAAACCUCUAUUCAGUUGGUGUUUGCACAAUACACAUAGUUUGCCCUUUAGCAUAUUGUAAGAUGUAAUGAAGAGCCAAGAUUUAAGUCAUACCUACAACCCGCGAAAGCAUAACUCUCUCUAGUGUAAUUAAUAAAUUUUCAGAGGAAAUGGUAGUGGUUAAAAAAGUUGAGCUGUUGUUGUGUUGUGUGCAUCUGCUUGAGGAGCGGUAGUUCUUAAAAAUACAUGCUGGGUCAGACUGUGUGAAUAGUAAGACCUUUUCGAACAAUGAGAAUGUGGUGAGGUAAAUGAGUCUGUGAGGUUUGGAAAGAUAAACUGUGGUAGUUUAAUUUGGAAUUUGUACAUUUUUUGUAUUGAUUUGUGAAGUCGCUUAAAUGUAGUAUUUGUAAGCAUGGUCUCAAUCGUUGAUCCUAUGAUGUUGUAUAGUGCCAUAUACUUAUCCUAAUUACCUAUAUAUAUAUAUAUAUAUAUAAAUGAAGUAUCUUUAUAAUUAGGAAUGCACAUAUGCUUGUCUAUAUUUCCCUUCUCAAACACCCACCUUUUAAUUUCGAGCGCUUAAUGUUCUUGGGUGCCUAUCUUGUGUUGGAGGAGAGGUGAGGAUGGAAGACGAAUGAGAAUUUAGGGUUAGGAUUAGGAUUGGGGAUGAAGAGCUUGUGACAGUGAUAGUGAUAGGUAGGCGGAGGAGUCUGUAAAGAAGAAUACAAAGGAGGAAGAAAUAGUAACAAUCAGAAUAUGAAGGAAAUGGUAUACGAUCGUGUUGAUUUAGCACACGCAUCCCAGCCAAUUGCCAUGUCUAGGCCGCCCAACCCCACUUCCUCAAUUCUUCUUCUUCUAUUCUCCCCCUCUUUCUUCUCCAUCUUUGUUUCCGGCGUCGUCCUCACUUUCCUCUCCUCCGAUUGCAGUGGGUGAGUAAACCUCCGUAAAUGGCGGAUUCAUUGAAGGGAGAGGAAGAAGGGAAGCUAACUGGCGGAGAACAGCAACUUGUGGUGGAUGGUGAUCUAAGGGAGAUGGCGAAGAAAGCAGUUUGGAGUGUCAGCUCCUGCAAGCCAGGCAAUGGCGUCGCUUCCCUUCGUGACGAUAAUCUCGAUACCUAUUGGCAGUCAGAUGGUUCACAGCCUCAUCUCGUGAAUAUCCAGUUCCAAAAGAAAGUUAAACUGCAAUUAGUCGUUAUGUAUGUGGAUUUCAAGCUUGAUGAGAGCUACACGCCUAGCAAGGUGUCGAUUCGUGCUGGUGAUGGUUUCCAUAACUUGAAGGAGAUAAAGGUAGUCGAGCUGGUAAAGCCACUCGGCUGGGUGCACAUAUCAUUGUCUGGUAGUGAUCCAAGGGAAACGUUCGUGAACACUUUCAUGCUGCAAAUCGCAGUGCUCUCGAAUCAUCUAAAUGGAAGGGAUACUCAUGUUCGCCAGAUCAAAGUUUAUGGGCCUCAACCGAAUCCCAUCCCACACCAACCAUUCCAGUUCGUUUCUACUGAAUUCAUCACUUACUCUACCGUACGGUGAAAGAAAGAUCUUCUUCAUCGAUGACGACGAUCUUUUUGGGUAAUUAUACUUGCAUACACAUUUUUAUUGUUGUAGCAAUAAAUAGUAGAGAUGGAUGCAAAUUGAGGAUGUUCAGCAUGGAGUGUUCUUCCAUUUUGGAAUAUUCGUUUUGACUGACUCUCUGGGGGUAUUUGCCUUCUGAAAUGAGGGGAUAUUUCAUUAGGA